AUGGCCAAGUCCAAGGUCUCCAAGGGCAAGGGUGACCCCUCCCCUGCGGCUCCAGUCGCAGCCACCAGCGACAAGUUUGAUCCGGCAUUGGCUUCAUUGUUUGCAACAAGUUCGGGACCCGUGAAGAUCGUGUCAGUUGCUCCCACAUCGGCUAAGCCUCUUUCAAAGCUCCCUGUGUCGAAUGAGGUUCAGGACGACGACCAGACAUCCUCGUCUGGAAAUGACAAUUCGAAUGAAAACGAAGAUGAAUCCUCGACCAGCGCUUCCGAGUCGGACGUCGAAUCAAACGCGGAAUUAGAAGACAGAGCACAAGCCGAAAGACCUCGUAAGCGAAGGAGAGUUGCAAACAGUGGGGCUGAAGAUCUCGAGGAAUCUUAUUUUCGACGUCUAGGACGUGAAGAAGAGAAAGAGGAACGCCAGCGGCAAGCUGAGCGGGGCGGUCUUCAAGCUCAAUCCCACGAGGUAGACAAGGCCGCCGAGGGCAGUACUGCAUCAGAUUCUGACAGCGACGAUGAUUCUGCUGAUGAUGCCGCAAAUGGUACCAUUCCUCAACAUGAGAGCUUACAAGCUACGCCGGACGACGCAGACAAGCUCAAAAGAACUGUUUUCCUCGGAAAUGUAUCAACUGAAGCAAUCAAAUCAAAGGCUGCCAAGAGAACUCUGGGUCGCCAUUUACGAUCUGUCUUGAAGACACCCGCCGAAGGCAAGCGCCCUGGCAAGCUUGAAUCACUCCGUUUCCGCUCGACAGCUUAUGUCAGCGGCUCGGGUCCUAAGAAAGCAACAUUUGCCAAAAAGGAACUGAUGGAUACUACCACAAAAAGCACCAAUGCGUAUGCCGUGUUCACUACAGUGGCCGCCGCAGACGUUGUUACUGAAAAACUAAACGGUUCUAUUGUCCUUGACCGCCACUUAAGAGUCGAUUCACUUGGUCAUCCUAGCGAAAUCGACCACCGGCGGUGUGUUUUCGUUGGUAACCUCAGCUUUGUGGAUGAGGAAACCCCUGAGGAAAAUGACAAAGAUGGCCAAUCUCGACCUAGAGGUAGAGAUCCAGCUGACCCAGAAGAAGGUCUGUGGCGUUCUUUUGGUAAAGUUGGCAAAGUUGAAAGUGUCCGUGUCGUAAGAGAUCAGGAAACUCGUGUGAGCAAAGGCAUUGCCUAUGUGCAAUUCGCCGAUGAAAACAGCGUUGAAGCGGCACUGCUGUUGAAUGAGAAGAGGUUUCCGCCUAUGCUACCUCGGAAGUUGAGAGUGAUGCGAGCAAAGAAGAUGAAACAGAAGGCUCUAUCAAUGGGUGUCGGGGCAAGCCGGAAAGAUAGGGCACUGCUUGGGCUAGGGAAGAGGAAAAGACAUCCUGGAACAGGCGCAAACGGCGUGAUAUUUGAAGGGCAUCGUGCGAGCAGUAACACCACAUCGGGUGGGAAGAAGUCAGGAAAAUCGAGAAAGAAACUCGGCAAACGCCCAGACACACGAAGCAGUCGUCGUGGUGCGAACUACAAGGCUGCUGGUGGCAGGAAUUCAAAAAAGCCAAAAAGGAACUGA